GGUUAAAAUAAGUUUAGGGUUGUAGGAACUACUGUGUUCAACAGAACCCCAAUCGUCACAAGUAGCACUCGGCAGUCGGUGGAUACAUGCCCACCCAAACCUCUUUAUGACCAAUUUUCUACUCAAACCUUCUCUACUACGUCUCUUUGCUCAAGAUCUCCGGGAUUUCACACACAACAACACCACAAUUGGCCUCAAAUUCCUUUCUUCUCUCUCUCAAACCCCUCAAUCAACCAACGAUCCCACUGUCGAUUACCUCAUCCACACCAUCGGCCUCUCCAAGGCUUCAGCUCUCGCCGCUGCCAAGCAAAUCCGUCUCAAACCAACCGCGCAUCCCGACUCCGUUCUUGCACUCUUUAACGCCUAUGGAUUCACACCCUCCCACAUUGCCAGCAUCUUUAGCAGACGACCCAGUCUCCUCCUUGCCAAUCCCGACACAACACUCAAGCCCAAGUUCGAGUUUCUCUCCAGAAACGGCAUAUCUGGCAACUUUCUCGCCGACGUAAUCGAUAGGGACCCAUUGAUUCUCUGUAGGAGCCUGGACAAGCAGAUUGUUCCAUGUAUUGAUUUUCUCAUAAAUUUCUUUGGGUCUACUGAUUGUAUUGUUUCGCUAUUUUCUACUGCACAUAGGACUCGUGUUUUGCACACAUUUUCUGAAUUCGUGGCUCCUAAUAUCGAAGUAUUGAGAGCUAAUGGAGUGCUCGAUUCCAACAUUGCUAAACUGCUUUGGAUGCGCCCGAUUGCACUCUCCAGGGAUGUGGAAUGGUUUACUGACAUUGUCGAGAAGACAAGGGAAAGGGGGUUCAAUCCUUCGAGUUUGAUGUUUAUUCAUGGGCUGUGUACACUUUCAUCGAUGAGCAAGGACAAAUGGUUAUCGAAAUUGCAUCUUUUUAGAAGUUUUGGGUGGUCAGACGAGCAGUUUCAAUCUAUGUUUCUCAAGAAACCCUUUGUCAUGAAUUCGUCCGAGGAGCAUUUAAAGAGGGCAUUGGAUUUCUUUGUGAUCAAAUGGGACUGGACAUGGGAAGAUAUUUCCAAGUACUCACUUUUGCUCAAUUUUAGUCUUGAAAAGAGGCUGAUACCGAGGUCGUCUAUCCUUCAGCACCUGAUAUCAAAAGGUUUUAUCAAGAGGAAGAGUGUUGGCAGUGCAUUGAAUAGUCCCGAGCAUAAGUUCUUAGAGAAGUUUGUGAUGAAGUAUCUUUCAGAAGAUCCCAAUCUAUUAGAGAUGUACCAAGAGAAGAAGAAGAUGGCACUUUGUGAGAGAUCAGAGGCUGUAGGUUUGUGUGCAAAGCUUGAUCUUAGAACUGUGAUUUGCUGAUAACCGACAUCAUAUGAUAGUUAUAGCAUUUUGAUCUUUUAGGAAUGUACCAACUUGGCAUGAGACUGCGCCAAGAGAAGUAAGUAGUUAUGAUGCUUAAUUUUAAAGAUCGGUAUCAUUGAUGAUUGGGGCCGGGUUUCUCUUACAUUUACAAGAGAGAAAGAUUGUUGUUCUCUUUGGUUAGCGGGUCUGUAUCUCUUGUUUUGUUUGCUUGUUCUUCUUCUCGCUUCCUUUUGGAAGAUUAUUAUAUCUUAGAAUUUAUUCAUUUAUAUCAAUCAACCAAAAGUUUGAUCAUCUGGUUAGUGUAUAUAUUUGGAAUUCAACUA